AUUGAGACUUUAAAAAUUACAAAAUGUUAUUAAGAAACAUACUAUAGUAUUAUGUGGAGCAAUUACAAGAGAUUAUUUAAUGGUUUUAGUGUAAAUACAAUUAUUUGCGUAGCUUACAAAAGUCAUUAUGAAGCGCUUAAUAUCCCUAAAACUGCUACACACAAAGAAAUAAAAGAUGCUUAUUACAGACUAUCGAUGAUAUAUCAUCCAGAUAAAAAUAAAGGAAGUGAAGAAGCUGCAAAAAUUUUCCGCGAUAUAACUUCAGCAUAUGAAGUCUUGGGAAAUGUACGUCAAAGAAAAUUAUACGACAGUGGUGCUAAUCUAAAUCAAAAAUCUUCUCAAUUUACUACCAAACAACAACCUUUUGAAACAAUGAGUACAAAAAAUAAUAUUUAUAAAACCAAUGUCCGUAGCAGAGAUUAUAAUUUUGAAGAGUGGUCUAAGUCUCAUUAUACAAAUUCAUUUAAGCAACAAUAUGAAACUCGAAAAAGGCAUACAAGGAAUAAAAUAAAUGAAGAAUAUACUUCACAAUUAAAUUCUUAUAACUUAUUGGCAAUUAUAGUUUUUUCAAGUCUUUAUAUUUUAAUAACAAUGUUUGAACAUUUGAAAAAUGUGUUAACUGAACGUAGAAGAAUACAUGAAUCUUAUGAAAAAAAUGAACAAGAAGAUUGAAAUUAAUAAUUUAUUUUAAAUUUCAAGUAUUUUUUAA